AUGUCCGAAUCCCGCUUUGUUGACGUUUGCAAGGCCAGGCCUGAAAGUUUAAUUGACUUCCUAUCCGCUCACAAGAGGUAUGUCGCAACAGUCAGAGAGACGCACAUCCCCCCACCCCCUGUAUUCGAUCACGUUGAACUGCUUUCUAUACACACAGCGGAGGUUAUGGCGCCCCAAACCAAGACAGCACAAGAAAGUGGAGGUACUGAAACAGCCGGUACGCGCGUGGUCCAUAGGCGGCUGGGCGCGCGGAAAGACAGAACGGGCUGCAUCACCUGCAAGAUCCGGCGGGUUAAAUGUGGUGAAGAGAAGCCGGCGUGCAAGCGAUGCACGUCGACGGGCCGAACGUGUGAUGGCUAUGCGCCAGCUACGACAAUGACACCGGCGCCCAGGCAACACGUGCCACCGGUUCAUCCCCUGCAGCGCACGCCAGAACCCUUGCUUUGUGCUCGUCCACGGCACUUGGUUGCUGGUGGCGCGCCGGUGGCCAACCAGCAGGAACAUGCUGCCUUUCAGUUCUUUACGCACACGGGCGUGUCGUCGCUGGCCAGCUGCACCGACAUUGACUUUUGGACCCGUCUCGUUCCACAGCUUUCCCACGCCGAUGCAGCCAUCUAUCACGCGUCGGUGGCCGUCGGCGCGCUGCUGAAGGGGGCCCACGAUGCCGUGGCGGGCCAGACUCAGGCUAUGGCAUUCCGCGCACAGCUCACAGCGUUUGCCAUUGAGCGGCAGAACCGUGCCAUCCAGAGCACGGUGCGCGGCCUGGUCGCACACCGCCGACGGCCGGCGGAUGCCGACGUCAUGACAUUGGUUCUGCUCUUCUGCAUCGAGGCACUCCAAGGCCGCGAGCACCAGGCCCUGACGCUGUGCCAACGCGGCAUCCUGGCCCUGGCCACGGCGCACAUGAUGCACGCGAUGCCCGCCGGCCUGGUUGCCCUGCUCGACCGCAUCCAACUGCAGUGCCGCAUGUUCAACGCGGGCAGCGCCGUCAACGAGUCGCCGCGGCUCAAGCAAGCCAUGGCGCGGCUGCUGGCUAGCCCCCCACGGGCCCCGUUUGCGUCUCUGGACGCAGCACGCGACGAACAAGCCGUCCUCAUUGCUGCCGUGCAGCACAUGGUUGCCGCUCGCUGGGGCGGCCUGAGCGACGGGGCGGCGACGGAUGCGGGAAAGAAUGGCGUCCAGAGUUCGGCCCUUGAUGCGGCUCUUCUCGGCUGGCGGGCCCGCUUUGACCGCUACUUGGCCUCGCCACAUGCAUCUGCCCGCACACCAGAACCGGGCGCGGAACGCGUGGCGUCGUUGCUUCGCCUGCGCUACUUAAUCGCGCGCAUCUGGAUGGCCGACGGUCCCGGCCGCAGCGAAAUGGCGUACGACGACCAUGUGGAGGUCUUUGCGGGCAUUGCGGCGGAAGCGGAGAGUUGUUUGGGCGUUGGCGGGCAGGCCGACCCAGCUGAGCAGACCCUCCCAAUGCACGCAAAGCCCACGCCGUUUACGUUUGAGAUGGGCCUCAUUCCGCCACUCUAUUGGGCGCUGCUCCGGUGCCGCCAUCCACUGCUGCGCCGGCGCCUCCUCGUGCUCCUCCGACAGGCACCUGCCCAGGAAGGCCUCUGGAGCCGGGACAUUAUGGUCCAGGUGGCCGAGAAGGUCAUGGCCUAUGAGGAAGCUUCCCUGGGACUGGGGCCCGACGUAAGGGACGAAGCGCGAGAUGCGCGAGAUGUGCUGCUGCAACGACGGCCGCCCGAGGAGGCGCGCAUCAAGGUUGUUCGCAUCGGCCUACGCACAACUCUCGCCAACGGACGACAAGGCGACGCGGUCGAGUGCUUCGGGAUGCCGUAUGGGAGAGAAGGCGGCCUACACGUCGUGUUGGCGUUUUCUGUAUUUUGUGAUCCUGACCAGUGA